AGGCUAGCAAACCACGAGCUGUAGAGACCAGAGAAAGAGAGAGAGAGAGAGAGUGGGGGGUUUUGUUGCUCGCUCUGUGUGUGUUGUUGUUCGAAUAUUUUGACCACCUGCAAGUGCUUUUUGCUGCGCUUUCGUUCUAAAACCCCUCAGAAGUUUGGUUUUCUGAUAAUAUCACACGUGGGUAUCGCAAGCUAUAUACCAUGAGCCGCUACGACAGCCGCUCCGGUGACCCCGCGUCUUACCGUGACCGAAGAAGUGAUUCAGGGUUUGGUGGGUCUACGGGCUAUGCUGGCUCGGUGCGUUCCUCAUCAGGCAAGAAAGACUAUGAGAGUACUGAGCCACCUAGGAAGUUGGAUUUGGAUGGGUUGACUCGUUUUGAGAAGAACUUUUAUGUCGAGUCACCAGAAGUAGCUGCAAUGUCGGAAAAAGAAGUUGAGGAGUAUAGACAAAGGAGGGAAAUUACAGUUGAAGGACGUGAUGUUCCAAAACCAGUCAAGAGUUUUCGUGAUGUCGGAUUUCCAGAUUAUGUUUUGCAAGAAAUUACAAGAGCUGGUUUUGUUGAGCCAACACCCAUUCAAUCUCAAGGAUGGCCAAUGGCUCUUAGAGGCCGUGAUCUCAUUGGGAUUGCUGAAACAGGAUCAGGGAAGACACUUGCAUACCUUUUGCCUGCAAUUGUCCAUGUCAAUGCCCAGCCAAUUCUAGCUCCUGGAGAUGGUCCUAUUGUGUUAGUUUUAGCUCCAACUCGUGAACUUGCUGUUCAAAUUCAACAGGAAGCUGCUAAAUUUGGUGCAUCAUCAAAGAUAAAAAACACAUGCAUAUAUGGUGGGGUUCCAAAGGGGCCUCAAGUUCGUGAUCUCCAGAAAGGGGUUGAGAUUGUAAUUGCCACACCUGGUAGGUUGAUUGAUAUGAUGGAAUCACAUCAUACAAACUUGCGAAGGGUCACUUAUCUCGUGUUGGAUGAGGCUGAUCGGAUGUUAGACAUGGGGUUUGAGCCUCAGAUACGGAAAAUUGUUUCUCAGAUUCGCCCAGACCGUCAAACAUUGUACUGGAGUGCUACCUGGCCAAAGGAGGUUGAACAGCUAGCAAGACAGUUCCUUUAUAACCCUUAUAAAGUGACAAUAGGUUCUUCAGAUUUGAAAGCGAACCAUGCAAUCCGCCAGCAUGUUGACAUUGUUUCUGAAAGUCAGAAAUAUAACAAAUUGGUAAAGUUGCUGGAGGAAAUCAUGGAUGGCAGCAGAAUACUUAUAUUUAUGGAUACUAAGAAAGGAUGUGAUCAGAUCACAAGACAGCUUCGAAUGGAUGGUUGGCCUGCCCUCUCGAUACAUGGUGAUAAAAGUCAAGCAGAGAGGGACUGGGUCCUCUCUGAGUUUAAAGCUGGGAAGAGCCCUAUAAUGACAGCAACAGAUGUUGCAGCUCGUGGUUUAGAUGUGAAGGAUGUGAAAUAUGUUAUAAAUUAUGACUUCCCUGGAUCCCUUGAGGACUAUGUUCACCGCAUAGGGCGUACUGGAAGAGCUGGGGCAAAAGGAACGGCUUAUACUUUCUUCACAGCUGCUAAUGCUAGAUUUGCAAAGGAGCUCAUUACCAUACUUGAGGAAGCCGGACAAAAGGUCAGUCCUGAAUUGGCAGCAAUGGGCCGUGGUGCACCUCCUCCCCCUUCAGGUCAUGGAGGUUUUCGGGAUCGAGGUAAGGGUUAUGGUGGUGGUCGUUCUUGGAGUUGAUUUAAUGAAAGGUGGGUUUGAGGUUGAUGGAGAUAGAAAACGUCAGAAUCAUUAAACCACGGUUUGUGACACUGUAUUUCAUAUUGGAAUUUCGGAAACUUGUAUGACUAGAGUUUAGGACGACAGUUAUCUUUAUUGGACAUUUGACCUUUUUUUUUUUUUUUUGGGGUCUUCUCCUUUUAUUGGAUUUUCUGGUUAAACAAACUGUAAAACUUGGACUAGUUAGUCAGGAAAGUGUAAAUCAAAACAUUUGUUUAUAUGGUUCAUCAAGAAAUCCGAAGCAAAAUUUUGUGUAAUCUUAUAUUACUGAAUACAGGACACAGGUAGUGUUUGUCUGAGAACAAUGUGGACAAAGAAAGAAAGGAGGACGAUUUUAUUUUAUUUUAUUUAUUAUUA